CUUUGUUUGAUCGAUCGUUUUAUGAAAAAUUAGUUAUUUGAAUGUGAAAUUUCCAUUUUAUAUCUAUAAGCAUAUGUAUAUAGUGGAUAUAAGGGUAGGCACAAAGAGAUACACUAUUGAUGGACAAAGACAAAGUAGAGGGUCACUCCUGAAAAUUUCAUCAAAUCUUUUUUUCAUAAUCGGAUAAUCCCUUCAGUAUAUCUUAAUAAUGCAAAAGCAAGAAAUACGAAAAAGUUUUAUUUUUAGUCCUGCUUGCCAUUUUUAUUUCCGACUCUUUUUCCAUUUUAUCAUUAUUUUUCCAAACAUUGGUGACUUCAUCUAACUCGCGGCAUAGUUAUAGAGAUAUACAAGCUCUAUAAGUCGUUAAACCGAAGUAUGCGUCUCGGUUCCGCUGUUGCUCUUUCAAAAACAUCUGCUGCACUUUUGGUACGAGUACUUAUAUACAUAUACACAGUGUGUACUAACAUCGGCCAAAAACAUGAGCAACACGAGCGCCACGAGCCUUUUCAAAAACAUCAGCCGCCGAGUGUGACAGAGUUUUGACGCGAUCAUCUGUUCGACUGCUCCGUUCUGAGUAUACAGCUACAGUGUUGUUGUGUAUUGCGUGUUCUCUAAAGAGCUCGCGAACGAGAUAAGGUUAAAUUGACAGGACGGAGAUGAGAGAUGUCCUGCCAAAUUAAGGGGAUUGCGAACCUGGUGGACCCCACCGAGAUCAGAGCUCGUCUUCUCGGAGAUUCUAAGCAGAAGUUCGAUUAUGUGCCUGCCAAUGAGUUGCCGUUGCAGAAUAGCUUCAUUUCUCUAUCGCCGACUGGUGACAUUUUAGCCAUAGCCUGGAAUACUCGUCUGAUAAUAUUGGCCUCGAAAUGGGAUUCAUUGGAGUCCAGCGAAGUGAAGAAUAAAUUCUACGUUGUUUGGGAUGGUGAUGUGACGUUUAAACAAAACGAAUGGAUAACAUCUGUGAUAUGCCUUCCACUUAUUUCUCAUGGAAAGGCAAGUGCUGGAAUCAGCACAGACUGGACAUGUAUAGCUGUGGGAUUGAACACUGGUUUUCUGAAAUUUUAUACAGAAACAGGGGGGUUGUUGCUAGAAGAACAAUUACACAACGAAAGCAUAGUAAACAUAAAAUGUCAAUCGCACCAUUCUGCAAGACACUCAGGUGACACUGGAAAUACCGAGGAGAUUUAUGUACUUUAUAAUACUGUUGUGUGUAUUUUACAAGGUUUUCCUUUAUUUUCAACUUUGAGAGCAUAUAGAAAUCAUUUAGCCAGAGUAAAAGCAAAUUGUGAUGAUAUACCUCCAGCAGCAAAUUUAGUGUGUAAGAAAUGGGGUUUCAAGAAUCAGGAUUUUGUCAAUGAUUCUGAAGUGAUUGGCACAACUACUGUAAAUACGUUUGACCACCUUAUGACAGCAUCAAUUUGUGGAGGUUACAAUGCCAGUUAUCGUUCAAGUGCACCACAGCAUAGCUUAGUUAUGGCCACAGGAAAAAGGCCAUUCAUAGGUUUCCAUUAUGCUUUAGAAGGAGGUUCUGCUCCAGUACUGUCAGAUGUUGCCAUUGCUAUGGCCAGUAAAGUAGCAAGUGCAAUUGGUGCUGCAGUUCCAUGGUUUAGAACAAGCUCAUCAAAAACUCCUGCUACACCUGAAAAAGCAAAAGGAGUAAUGACUGAACCAGCUGAAACAAUGACUUGUAGAUUUGGUUUAAGUGAUGCUCUGAGAGAAGGAGAUUGCAUUGUUGUUAGUCCUAAUAAAUUAUUGUCAGUUGUAUGUGAUGCUAUGGGAAGAGUGAUUUUAAUAGAUAACAAACAAGGGAUUGCAAUAAGAAUGUGGAAAGGGUAUAGAGAUGCUCAAUGCGGAUGGAUUGAGGCCAUUGAAGAAAGACAUAGGGCUUCUAUAAAAGGUCAUCACAGUAAAACCAGCUCAAGUAGUACCUCGCACGCUCAAAGACGCACAGCGUUGUUUUUAGUCGUUUAUGCACCCAAAAAAGGUGUUAUUGAUAUUUGGAGUAUUCAAUAUGGAACUAAAAUUACUACGUUUUCCGCCAGUAAAAAUGGAAGGUUACUCUACACAAAUUAUGGAUUAUGUGGAUUGAAUGAUAUGACGAUUAAUUCUAGAAAUCACGCGCAACACCCAUGUGUUUUCAUUGAUCCUCUUGGUGGAAUCAGAGAGAUAACUGUUCCAUUCCAUUUUGCAUUAAGUAGUCAGAAUAUUAACAGAGCGAGAGACUUACAUUUAUUCAAAAAACUCAAAACGUUUUUAAGAGAAGAAGAUUUUAGCGACGAUAAACUAAUCAAUGAAAUUACUAAUAUCUGCCUGGAUUUAAAAACGAAUGAAAUUAGAUUACAAACUAUUGAAAUGCUCAUGACCAAUAAACAUAUCACACCUGAUUCAUUAUUGGCUGCGACAAAUUGUUUUUCCAAACAGCUCGAUUUGCAAGAGGAAGAUGAAUUGGAACCUGACACUAAAACCCUCAAUCAUACAAUAAGUCAAUUGAAGAGGAUAAUCAAGUUUUACAAGUACAUUAGAGCACAGUUUGAUAAACCUCCUGAAUAUUAUACCGUAGCUUCUGAUGUAGUGCCUGAUGGAAAACAAUUGUCAUCAAUCCUUUUUACAUCUGAAAGAGAAGUUCAUAGAAUAUUGAAAUUAUCCAAAACACUCAAUAGCCUAAGAAAUUCAAACUCUGAAGUUCGAACAAGAGUUACAUUUAAAGAAGAUGGCAGAACAUUUAUAGACUUUUUAUCUUGCUUUGAAUUCGGCAAUCCAGGUUCUUUGGGAUUGCAGAAGGGAAUCAGCUAUGAUACAAAAUGUCAAAUUUCUAAAUUAAUUUUCCAAGGAUGGAUGUAUUCAAAUGAUCCUAUCUCAAAGUGGCAAGAUUAUGCACUUAACAGUGAUAUACAGCCAGGAGUCUUAAUCCAAUUUGCUCUGCUGUAUUGGCUAAUUAAGAAAGAAGGAGCUCCUUUAGAAAUCGAUCUAGUUAAUUUUACAAAACUUUUGAAUGCUAUUUGUUCAUUAAAUGAUGCUGAAGAAAUAUGUACUAGCUACAAUGAGGCUUCAUAUUGGUGGCGAGAUGUUAGAAAUAUUUUAAUGGAAUCUGACAAUCCGUUUAAUGCCUUAACAGCAGCAAUGGCAUGUAGAGCAGUGUCGGUUUCUAUGCAAAGAAACAAAGAUCGAUUGCAAACUAGUUUCAAAGAUGACAAUGGAAAUGAAGGAGACGGUGAGAAAAAUGGCAAUGAGCCCAAAAAAAUGGAAGAAGACGACGGAAACGAAGACAAUUCUUCUCCCGAGGAAGAAAGUGUUAGUAACAUCAGCGACUGGGAGAACGUGAGCAAAGACACGUGCCAAUUUUCGUUAUUGAUAGGUAAUCUAGAAGACAUUGCAGUCUUAGAUGCGAUAGUGAGUAAUCCAUCAUUUUUGGAUGACACCACUACAUUUUAUACUUUGCCAUAUGAAGGUACUAACAUUUCUUUAUGGAAAGUUGUUUCUAAGGGAAAAGGUUCUGUAUCUGAAAUAGUAGCAAAGUGGUUAAGCUCUGCAGGGGUUGAUCCCACGCGACUUAUAGACACUACAGACAUUGAAUUUGACCAGCUGCAGUUGUCAAUAGAUUCCUUCAAACUCGCAGGAUCGUUAGAUGAAGCUAAAGCAGUUGAGCUUCUACAGCAAGACUCAAAGGCGUUAUUGUCAGUCUCAGUUGAAAUCGGUAGUGAAGCAAAAACUGAGCAAACUGCUCUUGCGAACGUGCUAGAUAAAAUAUCGCUACUCAAACGUCAUUUUCCGUAUAGUUUAACUAGUAGCGUCUUACUUGCCAAUUUAUCGUGGGAGUUUGUUAUGUUUUGGAAUAGAGACAUUACAAAGUUAGAGGCUUUAGAGGCUGCAUUGUCUGUACUUCGUCAAAUUCCUAUGAAACGUAUUCGUCACGGUGUAUGCUGUCUUCUUUGGUCUGUCCAUUUGAAAAAGAGAAUGGAAAGUGCAGGGAAACUUAUUAACAAGACGGGAAAACUGCCAAAAGAACGACUCUGUAUGCAAGACGUUGGGCUUACAGAUACUCAAGUCACUGUAUUCUUACAGCAUUGCGUUACGUUUUUAGAUAUCUUCCUCGAUGCUGAAGUCUUGGAAGAAGAAAAUUGUUCCUUUGUCAGAUCUGAAGAACUGUGGGAGGGUCAUUCAGGCGGUCCUCAACCAUUUGCCCUUCUAGCUAUUUCUCAAACACCAGCUUGGUAUGAUUUAUUGCUGCUGCACUUACAAUUAGCAAAUGUACUUCACAUGAUAGCACACUUUAAUCUUAAAGUUUCAAAACCAAUCUCCAACCUGUUUGAUUCUGUCGCUCAUCAAUAUUUCUUCCAAGAUAUAAGUGCUAAAACUAUGGUACCUUGGUACAAGGAUGAUAAAAGAGAUCAUUUCCGUGUAGAAUUUCUUUGUCGCGUUAUCAAAGCCUCCAUGGAGUCGAUCCAUCAAGAAACAACAGAAGUGAACAGCUUUAGCUCAUCUCAAGCAAUUUUGUGGAUGAGUAAAUGUCAAAAUUUAGCUAUGACUUGGAAAAUUAAUAGCGAUGAGCUGAGGAUUCAUCAAGUUUGCCAAUUGUAUAUUAACGGAUUCGAUCGAUUAGCUGAAGAGCUGGUAAUCGCUGUGAACGAUACGGAAAGAUUGGCUACUGAUCUUCUUCCGAUCGCAGGUGGGCGGAUGAUGGCUUAUUUAGCGAAAUCUCCUGAUAUUUUAGAAGAAGUAUCAAGAAUCAGUCCAACGUUAACUACAUAUCUACAGAGCUUAUCAUGGGAUUCACGCAGUUUAGUUUUUACAAAUUGUUCCAACGAUGAUACGGUGGAAUUAGUGAGAAAGGUAUCUAGAAACCUUCCCGAGAAUCAUAAUAAGUAUCACAUAGCUCAGUUGAUGCUUGACGCGACCUUUAUUUACGAAGGUGGAACUUCGAAAAACAUAAACCAAUAAGUUACUGUUAGUAUUUUCACCGUUCGUUAAAAAAGUUCAAAUUUUUCGCUGGAAAGAUGUAGAGUUAAAUGAAAAUUGCUAGUAUUAAAAGUGAAAUUUCAAUUAUACUUUUAUCCUCACUAAGCAUUUAAACGAAAGCUCGAUUUGUACAUUUUGAAGUGUUUUUGAUAUAUUUGGCAAGUUGAAAUAUUGUUAUCUGUAAAAAAAAGUUUAUAUCCUAUGUCAAUUUUGAACGUGCUAUUAUUGAUGCAUAAUUAUAACAUAUGUGUAAAUAUAGAUAUACAUUUUGUUAAUAUCCAUAGUUAUUCAGACAAUACAGAAUUUGAAAAAUUUUGUUGUCCGAACCCGCGCAUAUGUUUUAUUUGAAUUUUCCAAUUGCUCCCGCACAGAUCUAGUCUGCUCUUAAAAAUAGAAAUCAGUGUAGUGAAUUUGAAAAUGUAGAAUACAACGAAAAGUGUAAUAAGUCAGCAAAAAAACCAAUGAUCAAAAUCAAGAGUCCACAAUUUUAUAAACAAAAACAGAGAACGAUCUCGUUUCGAUUUUUGUACCAGUUUAUUUUGUAAAAAUAAGGCGCAGCUGCUAUGAUAAAUUCAUAGACUCCUUCCUCCCCGAUAUACAGCAUACAGCAAAGAAAUAAAUUAAAGUCGUUCGCAUAGUA